UUUAGAAUGUUUAGUGCACUUAAGUCAUAUUUUAGGGUGUUGCACUCAAUUUUGCCAAAAUUAAUUUAAAGAAAGUAAAGGAAAAAAAAAAAGAAAUGCAUGGCUAAGUAACGUUAGCAAGCAAUGAGAAAGCAUAUUCUAAAAUUUGGCAUUAAAAGAGAGGCCAUAAAAGCAUAUUCUAUAAUUUUGAGAAUUCAUAAUAAGUGGCUCACCAUCCACUAGAAUGUCAAUCACGUGUUACAAAUCAAAAAGCGUCAAACGUAUGAAAGCGUAGUUAGUUAAUUAAUUAAUUUAAGAUCUCAAAAAAUAAAUAAAUAAAUAAAUAAAUAAAUAAAUAAAUAAAAAUAAUUUAGAAAGAAAUAUAAAGACGAGUUGACAGGAAACGAAGUUAGAAGGAUACGCCACAAAUCUGUUCCGAUUCAUCGCAUUUCCGUUUCUCUCUCCUCGCACACCCUUCUUCUCAGAUUUGGUACCUGUACUUCAUGAAUUCGAGAACAUCUGUGACAUCCGUGGUUUCCUGCAUUCCGGGAAACAAGAACAGUUUCUUUCUCUGGAUUUUGGUAUCUCUACUGGCUAAGUUUUUGGGAGAUCUUAUUGUUUACGUGAACUUCCUUCUUGUCCAGGCCAUUGACAGGAGUCCAUCAGCAUUACGCCUAUUGUCUAUUGUUCCUUAGUUGUGUGUGGACUUGACCAUCUGCAUCACUUAUCCUUGUCUUGUAAUUUGACAGCAUGGUUUCUUCUCAGUUCUCUGCUUUGAGUGAGAGCCACAAAUCCUUUCGGAGCCAGUUUCUGCGUCCUGUUAACCCUCCAAAUGCUGUUCCUGCCGAUGAUGAUGAGUUUGAUUUUUCUGAUGUUUUUGGUCCUCUACCAGGGCAGUUUCCUGUUGAAGUGAAUGAAGGGGAUUUAGAAACUACAGGUGCUGAUGUGAGUGAACUUGUAUAUGAUGACCCAGUUGUUGUGUACAGGCGAUCACAUUCUCUUGUUGGCCCUACUGCUUGCAUUAGUCAGUCAUUGAAGCUCAGUAAGCUCUGUCUUGAGACUGAGGAAGCAGAUGACUUAUUGGAGUGUGUGAAUGGAAAAACUAUUGAUGAAGUUUCAGAAAUCUCUACAGACGAUGAUGCAAAGCCUUUGGACUCCUUGAAUGAUGAUCUAUUAUUGACAAAGGACCAGAAAGUUGGCCUUGAUGAUUUUGAGAUAAUGAAAGUGGUCGGGCAAGGUGCAUUUGGUAAGGUAUACCAGGUGCUCAAGAAGGGUACUUCUGAAAUAUAUGCAAUGAAGGUCAUGCGAAAGGAUAAGAUAAUGGAAAAGAACCAUGCUGAGUAUAUGAAAGCAGAGAGGGACAUUUUGACAAAGAUUGGUCAUCCUUUCAUUGUCCAGCUCAGAUACUCAUUUCAAACCAAAUACAGACUGUACCUAGUGCUGGAUUUUAUAAAUGGGGGACACCUUUUCUUUCAGCUUGAGAAACAUGGUCUUUUCAGGGAAGAUCUAGCCCGUAUCUACGCUGCCGAAAUUGUCUCUGCAGUUUCUCAUCUCCAUGUGAACGGCAUAAUGCACAGAGAUCUGAAGCCUGAAAAUAUCCUACUUGAUGCAGAUGGCCAUGUUGUGUUAACUGAUUUUGGUCUUGCUAAAGAAAUGGAAGAGAAUGGGAGGUCGAACUCUUUGUGUGGGACAGUGGAGUAUAUGGCACCUGAAAUUGUUCUUGGGAAGGGCCAUGACAAGGCUGCAGACUGGUGGAGUGUAGGUGUCUUGAUCUUUGAGAUGCUUACUGGUCAGCCUCCUUUCUUUGGUGGUAACAGGGACAAGAUCCAGAAGAAGAUUAUAAAAGAUAAGAUCAAGCUACCAGCUUUCUUAACUAGUGAAGCGCAUUCUCUGUUAAAAGGGCUUUUGCAAAAAGAUCCAACCAAACGUCUAGGCAAUGGAGUAACAGCAAGCGAGGAAGUGAAGCUCCAUAAGUGGUUUAAGCCAAUUAACUGGAAGAAACUAGAAGCAAAGCAACUUCCACCAAGCUUCCGCCCAGAAGUUGAUGGAAAACUCUGUACUGCUAACUUCGAAAAAUGCUGGACUGACAUGCCUGUUGUAAUUUCUCCUGCCGCAAGUCCCAAUGGCAAUGGGAUUCUACUCUUCAAGGACUUUACAUACGUGAGACCAGCUGCAAGUUUCCUUCAGAGGAUGAGUCCCCUGAACGAGCGUGCUUGACUUCAGCUCCCUACUUUUAUAUGUCUAAAUUUCCAUGGAGAUGUUCUAUGUAUGAAUCAAUUUGACUAUGUAAGCCCUUUGGGUAGUUUCUUCUCCAAUGUUUAAUUGUAUUCAAAGCAAACUUUCCAUCAUGACUGAUGGUUUCCAAAGUUUUAUGUGAGACUUAAUCCAAAUUUAAGGUUGUGCAAUCA